AUGGCCGGUGGAUUUGAACCUGUCGAUCCUGAGCAAUGUUUACAUUAUGCCGAAUUCGCCUCACACCUCGACCGGAGGGCCUUUGAUGGGAUUUACUGGUCCCUCUUCGUGUUUGUCAUCCUCAUGCUCUUCCUCGCCUCAUGGAAGUAUUCAGGGACCUGCGAGGCGCUGGCUGAUUCCAGACCUGGGACCAAGCAUUACCGGCACAAGAUGCAGCGAUGCCUUCUCAUCUGCUCCGGUUACUUUGUGGUUUCCAUCAUUGCCGUGGUCAUGGAGGUCUAUGCCCUUUUGGCUUUGCAAUUCUGUGACGGCGAAGACCUCAUGUCGCUUUACUGGUCUACUUGGACGAUGCUGCAGGUCGGCUCGCUCAUAGCCAUCUUGGGCAUUAUCUUGGCCGCUUUCAAUGCCAUCCGCGGUAACAAGAACCCACCAUGGGCACUAGCUCUCGGCACUCCCGUUCUUGUUGUCGCCGGCAUUGGCCACGCCUUCCACGGUGCCAUGCGCAAACGUGUAAAGCGCGUUCGAUCCAGGACCAGGAGCUUGCGAUCCCGAAGCCGGGGCAGAUCAGAGCGUAGCCUCAAGGGAAUCUCGACCAACGACUUGCCCAUGAGCAGGGAGGAUACAAUCAGGGUAGAAGAAAGUCCCAGCGACGAUAACAACGAAUACCGCGCCAAAUUGCUCGGCUACACGCCCGAGGGCGCGCCGAUCCUCCAGUUUUUCGAUGACCCCGGCAGCAGCAUCGAUCCCGAGCGCGGCACCAUUCUGGGCAAGAACACCAACGGACAGAUCAUUGUGGCCUUCAGGAGGUCCAUGAUCAUGGUUUCGGACAGCAAGAUCCAUCGCAACAGCAGCAGCAGUGGUAGUAACAUGCCAACCCCGAUGAACGAAAAGGCGGCGGCUUCCUCACCGUCAGCCCUGCUCGUCCCCCAGGCACCCCCUUCACCAAGGCCGCCACCGGUCGUCAGGAUCGCUCCUCCGCGCCGGCCCUCUGACGAGGAAUUCGAGGAGCAAGAGGUGCAUGUCUCCCCUGUUUGA